UGCAUUUGGGCAGACAUUCAGGUGGAAAAGAAUAUUGAAUUUUCUAUGUAUUAUACACUAAGCCUACUCGCUAUUUUGCUCUGCGCCACAGUGCAACAUGCAAAGUCACGCACCAUCACGCUCUCCGUCAACAUGUCCCUAACGAUGCACGUGGAACGACAUAGGCAGCUUUUGGAAGCACACCGUCAACAACUGCAGCAAGAACAAGCACGACCCGCACUCACCGCUGCUGUAUUGCGUUCGUGUAUGAAAGAAACCGAACUCUCCAUGGCGGAAUUGCAACGUUUUCGACUGAGUUUGCUCACUCGCGAUCCUGAACUAAACGCCACCGAUGAUUCGAGUACGCAGCAAACAAAUUUGUAUGAUAUGGAGGAGGAUGAUUUCGUCUCUGAAGAAACCGAAAUAGAUGGUAUUAUUUAUGAAACUGAACCGCAUAUAAAUGAGCCCAAGAAUAAUGCGCUAGAUUACGAAGAUGCUUUGACAUUCAAAAGUGGUGGGAAAGCUGACGAAUCAUUGCAAUGUUUCGCCUAUUGUCUCUACGAACAAUUGGGACUAAUCUCAAAAGGUGUGUAUAUGAGGGAAGAGCUUUUUGCGAAGUUAUAUGCGAUUGUGGGCCGGGAACGCCAUUUGGUGAAGGAGUGUAUGAAUUUAAAUACAAAUAAUAAAUGUGAAUCUUCAUACAAAAUGCAUUUAUGCUACGCACGUUUGAAGACAUUUGAAGAGGAGAAUCGUAUACGCAAAGUGCUGGAGAGCGCAUAUCCUGGCCAAAGGGAUGACGAGCAAAGCGUAGAAAUACCGGCAACAGAAACUACGCAGAAAAACUACGCUACGGCAGAAACAGAAGCAACGCAGCCAACAUUUGCUGAUGCGGUGGAUGUUAAAACUGAGGAUUUUGCACUAAAAAAGAAGUUAAAAAAGUUGAAAAGGAAGUUGAAGCGGGUCAAUUCAGAUGUGGAGCUCAGAGAAUUGUUGCAAAAUUGGGAUGAGGCUUAGUUGAGAAUAGUUUGUAACCAGUAAUACGAAACUGUGAAACAGCACAAUGGUUGGGCGUACGGCUGCUAUGCUAUUAUUAGAAAUAAAGUUCCGCUAUUAUCUAUUAUACUUGUAAUAGCAAGCUUAAUAGUUGUUUACACGUUUGUUUCAAUGUUCGGCAACUCAAAUUUUUGUUUUUUCGGUUCUUCGAUACCAAAUCGCAG